UGCUAGGAGGUGCAGAUUUCACUGGUGAUUCCCAUGGGAAAAUAAAGAUGGCCGUAUGAGUUUUAAGUGCCAGUUAAGCAAAAGAUACUUAACCCAAAUAAUUGGGAAUCAAAACUUUGGAAGAAUAAGAGCAUAGCAUUUUUCAAUAGGGGAAGAUUAAAAGAAUGUGAGAGCGAUUUUUUUUUUCUUUUUUGUGACAAUUAUUGGGUCAUUAAUCACCGAGUUGCUGCUUUGUUCUAUUAGAAGGCGUGUUAGAGCUUGAGCCAAGCCCCCUCAGGCCGUAGCACAUCAUUCAACAAUGAAACAAGCUCUCAUUUCACCUUCCUCAGGUCUCAUUCACACCCAAAAUCCAUUUUCUUCUUCUUUUAAACCUCAACUUAACACCCAUUCGAUCCUCUUUUUCAAACCCAUAGCUUCCUCUUCACUUCAAUACCGAAGUCCAAUUUUGAAUCAAAUUCGAACCAUGGCGCUGAGUAACAUAAAAUCUAACAGAUGGUCACUCCAAGGCAUGACAGCCCUGGUAACUGGCGGCACACGUGGAAUCGGACGUGCCAUAGUUGAGGAAUUGGGGGGACUUGGAGCAAGAGUGCACACUUGUUCACGUAAUGAAAAUGAGCUUGACAAGGCUUUGGUAGACUGGGAAAGUUUGGGCUUUGAAGUUUCUGGUUCUAUUUGCGAUGUGUCCAUUGCAGCACAAAGACAGAGCUUAAUGGAAACGGUUUCAUCAUUGUUUGAUUGCAAGCUCAACAUCCUCAUUAAUAAUGUUGGGACAAAUAUAAGGAAACCAAUGGUAGAUUUCACAGCUGAAGAAGUUUCAACUCUUUUGGCAACCAAUUUUGAAUCUGUUUUCAAUUUAUGCCAACUUGCUUAUCCACUUCUCAAAACAUCAGGAUCAGGAAGUGUUGUAUUCACCUCCUCAGUGUCUGGAUUUGUUUCGCUCAAGUCCAUGUCACUUCAAGGAGCAACUAAAGGAGCUAUCAAUCAACUCACAAGAAACUUGGCUUGUGAGUGGGCAAAAGAUAACAUAAGGAGUAACGCUGUUGCACCUUGGUACAUCAGAACUUCCAUGGUGGAACAAGUACUCAGCAACAACGAAUAUUUAGAAGAGGUGUACUCUCGAACUCCUCUUGGACGACUCGGUGAUCCAACAGAGGUUUCAUCCUUGGUAGCAUUCCUUUGCCUGCCUGCAUCAUCUUACAUAACCGGUCAGAUUAUUUGUGUUGACGGUGGCAUGUCUGUAAAUGGUUUUUACCCAACAAAUUACUAGAAAUCGACUUAAGGAUCAACUGGUCAUAUGCUCUGUAAUUGAUGAUGUUGGAGAGGAAAGUUUCCGGGCCCUUGCUUUUCGACUUUUUGUUUUACAGAGUUAUUAUUUAGUUUUUUAUUGGAAAAUGGGGUGGUUUGUAGCCAAUUUUGUUAUUUAAAA